AUGGAUGACCUACAUGCGCAGCUGCAGGCAGAGUCCGAGAAGCUGCGAAGCUUCAUCGAGGGUCAGUUCAGUAAGCAGACGGCGUUGCUGCAUGACAUGAUGAAAAGCUCCAUGCAGAGCUCCGCCGGAGGAGCACGGAUUCCGACCGCCGGUACCGGAAAGACGUCGGAUGCCAUCACCAGUCUCCAGCUGCCACUGCCGGAGAUGGAGACGGCGAAGGGAGCAAUCCAGCAUGUCCUGCACGAGUCAACUCGAGCCGGCACGUGGCCGCUUGGUGCCUAA